AUGGCCGGAUUAUCAGCCUACCUCGCAGGUGUACCAGAUGUCAUGCCGGCCUCGCGCGAAGCAACCAUGUAUCAGACGGACACUGAAAUUGCUGAUGAGGUUAUCUCCAAGACUGUCGCAGCUUACGGCGUAAUAUUCGCCAUCGUACGCUGCCACCGACUGGGACUUACUCCCGAAUUGCCUUCUUUGGAUCUACCUUACUACGAGAAUGUAUUCAGAAUGGCACGACUCGUCAAUCCAACCCCCAGUCAGGAGGAUCUAAUGCGCAUCUCCUAUUUCCGCAAUUUCGGAAAUCUCAACGCUGAGCACGGAAUGGCCCUAUUGGUGUUCUCAACACUAGUCACAGCAUCUUCACUGACCGAUCCCAUCUCUUGCUUGAUCUCAGCGGUAGCCGCCGCCCACGGCCCAUUGCAUUUCGGAGCAACUGAGUCUGCUCAGCGUACACUUCGCGAAAUUAGAGAACCAAAGAAUGUUCCUGCAUUCAUUGAAGAAGUCAAAGCAGGUAAACGGAAGCUAUUCGGCUAUGGCCAUCGGACCUAUAAGGGCAUGGACCCGCGCGUGCAUCCUAUUAAGAGCAUUCUGAAAGAUCUCACCCAUGUGGACCAGCCAUUGCUGAAAGUUGCCGAGGCUAUUGAGAUGGCAGCUGGAAAGGACGACUAUUUUCUAUCUCGCGGGUUGUAUCCCAAUGCAGACUUCUAUGGGAAUUUUGUGUUCACUGGGAUGUAA